CCACAAUGCGCCCUCCGCCCUUCGCUACCGCACGAAGAUGCGCAGAUGCACGACCAGAAACUGCGCGGUUCUUGAAGCUGCAAUGUGACGCGCUCGCCUCGCGCUUCUACUUCUCCGAAACGAUCUGCAGACGCCUAGCCCGCGGAGCCAUACCCGAACUGUCGCCAUCCUGACCUCUUGCCGACCUCCAACGCCGGAAAUAACGUACCUGACGUCCAUUGCUCGACCAUCGACAUGCGCCAGCUUAAAGGCAUGCACGCCCCGCCCCAGGGCCGGGUAUCCCCCCUCGUGCUCAGGGUCACGACUUCACAGCGACAAUGGCUGCCGAGAUGGCGCAUCCCGGUCCCGGUCUGCACGCGCCGCCCUCGCGCACCUCUGGCGAUGCCGCGCCGACGAUGAACCCCGAGUCCCCGCAGAAGAGCGUCGAGGACUUCAGUGCGUCCAACAACAGCAUCCUGGACAUGGAGAGGGCGCAAGAGAAGGCGAGUGACGUGCCGUUCGUGGAUGCGUUUCUGGUCGUGUUCAAUGGCCCAGACGACCCCGACAACCCCAAGAACUGGACAACGCGCAGGAGAUGGGCGAUCACCGUGGUCGUUGGGAUGUUGGUGUUCACGGUGACCUUUGCCAGCUCCAUCUUCUCGGUCAACAUCGGCAUUGUCGAAGAGCAGUUCCAGGUCACACAGGUCGUCGCAACAUUAGGCGUCGCGCUCUUCGUUCUGGGCUUUGUGUUCGGUCCCAUCGCAUUCGGCCCCAUGUCGGAGGUCCUCGGACGCCGUACUCCCCUCCUCUACGGCUACGCCCUGUUCGCCAUCUUCCAGAUCCCUGUCGCUGUCGCACAGAACAUCACCACCGUAUGCGUUGGCCGCUUUCUAGGAGGCUUCUUUGCCGCGGCACCGCUCUCCGUGGUCGGCGGCAUCCUAGCCGAUCUCUGGGAUCCCAUCCCUCGCUCGUAUGCCAUCUGUAUCUUUGCCGCCGGUGGAUUUGCCGGGCCCGUAGCAGGCCCAAUCGCGGGAGGCUUCAUUGCAGAAUCACGUCUAGGCUGGCGAUGGACGUCCUGGGUCACUCUCAUCAUGGCAGCCGCUGUGGGCACUCUGGCCUUCUUUUUCGCGCCCGAGACGUCUGCGCCUAGAAUCCUGCAGUAUCGAGCCGCGGCUCUGCGCAACGAGUCCGGCAACAGCGAGUACCACGCGAAGGCAGACGCCGAGAAGCUCACCUUGGAUAGAGUCAUGACAGUGUACCUGAUCCGCCCCUUCGUCAUGCUCAUCCAGGAACCCAUCCUCGCCCUCGUGACGGCCUACAUGUCCUUCCUCUAUGGCAUCGUCUACCUCCUCUUCGAAGCGUACCCUGUCGCCUACCACGAGCAACGCGGCUGGUCCCUCGGCGUCUCGCAGCUCCCCUUCACUGCCUUCAUCGUGGGCAUCGUCCUCGGUGCCGCCGUAAUCGCCUACAGCACCGCCACCAACUUCACCAAAGCGUUCAACAAGCACGGCAAAUCCAUCCCGGAAGAGCGCCUCCCGCCCAUGAUCGUCGGCGCCGUGUGUCUACCCGUUGGGCUGUUUUGGUUCGGCUGGACCGCAUCCCCCGCCCAGUGCACCUCCUGGGUCCCCUCCGUCCUCGCGACCGCUCUCAUCGGCAUCGGUUGCAUGGUGCCAUUCUGGCAGGGCAUGUCGUAUCUGAUCGACUGCUACGGUUUCUACGCCAACUCCGCGAUUGCCGUCAACACCUUCAUUCGCAGCUUCUUCGGCGCGUUUUUCCCGCUGUUCACGCACGCCAUGUACACGAAGCUGGGGGUGGCGUGGGCGAGUAGUUUGCUGGCGUUUGUGUGCGUGGCGUUCUUGCCCGUGCCCGUGCUGUUCUAUGUUUAUGGGGCGAAAAUCAGGGCGAAGAGCAAGUGGGCACCGGUGAUGUGAGUGGGCAUUGAGGGGGAGAGGUGCGUUGGGGGCGUUUUGAAAGGGAAAAUGGGUAGGCGCAUGCAUGAGCAUAUAGACGGCGUUUGCACCGCUGAAUGGCAGGUGUCGAUGCAAAGCUGGGUAUUUUUGGCUUGGCUAAUUUCAAGAGUUUUUCAUG